GAAUACGCUUACGGACUGGUUACGCGUAUCUGACGGGUCGCACUGGCGCACGGAGCACAAGCGAGAGACGACACACACACUCGAACGCGACGGCGCCGUCUCGCGCGCACGACUACCCGAGCUCCGGCGAUGGAGGAAACCGCCGCCGCCGCCGCCGUUCCAGCGCUUAAUGCCUCCGCACCCGCCUCUCCGGAGCCCUCCAGAGCCUCUCCCGACGCCGACGCCUCCGCCGAUCCCACUGCCGCCGUCGGCGGCGGCGGCGACGACGAGCACGAAUCGAAGGAGGUCGUCCUGCGCAGGUACUUCCUCCAGGAGUGGGAGCUUGUCGCCGCCAUACUCCACCGCAUCGUCGCCGGAGGCGGCGUCGUCGAGCCCGCCGACGUCCACAGGAUCCGCUCCAUAAUGGACAAAUAUCAAGAAGAGGGUCAACUACUAGAGCCAUACCUGGAGGACAUUGUGUCACCGCUUAUGUCGUUGGUUCGGUCAAAGACAAUGGAACUUGAUUGUGGAACCGAUGAGCUUCUUGACAUUAUCAAGCCUCUUUGUAUUAUCAUGUACACUCUGGUCACAGUGUGUGGAUACAAGAGUGUCAUCAAAUUCUUCCCUCAUCAGGUUUCAGAUCUAGAGCUUGCAGUUGCUCUCCUUGAGAAGUGUCAUACAAUGAGCUCAGUGACGGCUCUUAGGCAAGAGAGCACAGGAGAAAUGGAGACUAGGUGUGUUGUUCUAUUGUGGCUUUAUAUACUGGUCCUGAUCCCAUUUGAUAUCUCCACUGUGGAUACGAGCAUUGCUACUGCUGAUAGCAUGGAUGGGCUUGAGGUUGUUCCACUUGUGACAAGGAUAUUGGACAUCUGUAAGGAUUAUCUGUCCAAUUCUGGUCCAAUGAGAAGGAUUUCAGGGUUGUUGCUUGCAAGGCUCUUGACUCGUCCUGACAUGGCAAAGGCUUUCAGCAGUUUUAUGGAAUGGGCACACAAGAUGUUGUUGGCUGUCACAGAUGACUUUGUGGAUCAAUUUAGGUCCAUUGGUAUAGUAGAAGCUUUAGCAUCAAUAUUUAAGAUUGGUAACCGUAGGGUGCUGUAUGCUGCUGUUUCUGGUACUUGGAACGAUUGUUCAGUUGUGAUGAAGACUAAUGUCUCGGCCAGAAGUCCGCUUCUUAGAAAAUUCCUGGUGAAACUGGCCCAGCGAGUUGCUCUCAUUAGCUUGCCUCAUCGUUCGCCAUCAUGGCAGUAUAAGUCAAUAAGUAGUUCGCUGGGUGCAAACCUUUCAAGUUCUACUGCCAGAGAAGGGUAUUUGAGUGGAUCAAGCCAACAAGUGAACAUUGAUCACACAGACAUGUGUUUUUUGGAAGAAGAUAUGGAUGUUCCGGAAAUUGUGGAAGAGAUUAUCGACUUGCUGCUGACUGGUUUAAGGGAUUCAGAUACAAUUGUAAGGUGGUCUGCUGCCAAAGGAAUUGGUAGGAUAACUGCACGUUUAACACCUGCACUGUCAGGAGAAGUUAUAUCAUCAAUCUUGCAACUUUUUUCUCCUGGGGAGGGUGAUGGUUCCUGGCACGGAGGCUGUUUGGCUUUGGCUGAACUUGCUCGGAGAGGGUUGUUGCUGCCUUCUAGCUUUCCUGAUGUUAUUCCUGUUAUAAUAAAGGCUUUACACUAUGAUGUACGAAGAGGUCCACAUAGCAUUGGCUCACAUGUAAGAGAUGCUGCAGCAUAUGUUUGUUGGGCAUUUGGUCGAGCUUAUACCAAUUAUGAUAUGAAGGCUGUCUUGGAACAACUUGCUCCCCACCUUCUGACAGUUGCUUGCUAUGAUCGAGAGGUUAAUUGUAGAAGAGCUGCUUCUGCUGCCUUUCAAGAGAAUGUUGGAAGACAGGGGACUUUUCCACAUGGCAUUGAUAUUGUGAAUACAACAGACUACUUUGCACUGGCUUCCCGAUCAAACUCUUAUUUGAGUGUUGCUGUUUCUGUUGCUCAGUAUAAGGAGUAUCUUUAUCCCUUUGCAGAAGAGCUACUUUGCAAUAAAAUUACUCACUGGGAGAAAAGUUUGAGAGAAUUGGCAGCCCAGGCCCUUUCUUUGCUUGUACAAUAUGAUAUGGAUUACUUCAGUGGGCAUGCCCUCGAAAAGUUAGUUCCUUGCACUCUGUCAUCGGACUUGUGUACACGCCAUGGGGCCACUUUAGCUGCUGGAGAGGUUGCUUUAAAGUUGUACCAACUUGGUUUUACCUUUACCUCAAACACGCAGAAAGCUUUGUCAGGUAUAGUUCCCGCAAUUGAAAAAGCACGACUUUAUCGGGGCAAAGGAGGAGAGAUCAUGCGCUCUGCUGUUUCCCGAUUCAUUUCAUGUAUUUCUAUAGCUGGGAUAUCCUUGAAUGAAAAGACAAAGAGAAGUUUAUUAGAAACCCUUAAUGAGAAUAUGAGGCAUCCCAAUUCUCAAAUACAGUGUGCUGCUGUUGAUGCAUUGAGGCAUUUUAUUCCAACAUAUCUGGUAUCUUCUGGUGAAAGGAUUGCCAAUGAUAUCAUUUCAAAGUAUGUGGCACUUUUAGAUGACUCAAAUGUAGCUGCAAGACGAGGCGCCGCACUGGCCCUUGGAAUAUUACCAUACAAGUUCUUGAUAUUGAAAUGGAUGCCUGUCAUGAGUAAGCUCUGUAGCUCUUGCACAAUUGAGGAUAAGCCUGAUGACCCUGAUGCUGAAGCACGUGUGAACUCUGUUAAGGGGCUAAUUUCAGUUUGCGAAACUCUAACAGCAUCUUUUGAUCAGAGCUCAAAUGGUGGUGAUUCUGUAUAUGCAUACAUAAAAGAUUAUGUCAUGCGAGCUUUAUUUAGAGCACUCGAUGACUAUGCUGUAGAUAACAGAGGAGAUGUGGGUUCUUGGGUACGUGAAGCAGCAAUGGAUGCGCUAGAACGGUGCACAUUCAUUCUCUGCAAGAGAGAUAGUGUUGCACUGAGAACGGCACCAGCUUCUGGGCAUGAGUCUGAAAUGAGUGACAUGGAAAUAAAUGCAAGUAGUACUGUGCCACAACUAUUUGAUUCUGGCAUUGCGCAGGAUCUGGUUGCAGGGAUUGCAAAACAGGCAGUUGAGAAAAUAAAUAAGAUGAGAGAAAUAGCUGUCAAGACUCUGCAGAGGAUUCUGUACAACCAGGAACAGUUCAUCCCAUUUAUACCUCACAGGGAACUGCUGGAAGAAACUAUUCCCAACAGCACAGAUUUGGAGUGGGCAGUUCCUACAGUAUCGUAUCCACGAUUGGUGAAGCUUCUUCAGGUCAGCUGUUACAGCAAGCCUGUGCUGUCAGGGUUUGUGAUUUCUACGGGUGGAUUGCAGGAGUCUCUGAAGAAAGCUUCAACAUCAGCUUUAGUAGGGUACCUGCAAGAUUCAGAUAUCAAUACAAAUGGUGAAGGAAAAAGUAGAGAGUGUCUUUUAAGUUGUGACCUUCUAUGGGUCCUUCAGCGUUACCAGAAGUGUGAUCGUGUAGUUACACCCACAUUGAAGACUAUUGAGUCUCUCUUCAGUAGAAAGGUUUUCUUGAACAAGGAGGGCUACAGUGAGUUCUACAGUGGACUGAUUGAUUUGGUGGGCUCUGAGCUGAAGGGAUCGAAGGACUUCACAAAGUUAUGUGCAGGCCUCUCAAUCCUUGGAUAUAUUUCUUCACAAUCGGAUGGAACUUGCACCAAGGCAUUUUGUCAGCUCCUCACAUUCCUAGGCCAUAGAUACCCCAAGAUCCGGAAGGCUGCAGCUGACCAGGUGUAUCUUGUACUGCUGCAAAAUAAUGAUCUGAUCCCGUCGGAAAAUACAGAUAAGGCCCAGGAAGUACUCUCAGAGACAUGCUGGGAAGGAGAUGUUGGUGAAGCAAGACGCAAGAGGUCGGAAUUAAAUGAGAUGGCUGGUUUCAGCGCCGCCACUUCACAGAAGUGUGAAAAUCGAGAAACAGGGAGAAAAGCCGACGUGCAAACUGCUGUUUCGACUGAUGAGAACAAAUCUUAUUCAUCGUUGGUCGAUUUCAGUGGAUACUAGGGGGCAGGAAGCAGUUGCUUUUCCCUACGGUUUUUAUUUCGAUGAAAGGCGUCAACCGCACACUUGUACACUACUGUACAUCACCUUACGGGCUGUUUAGACGAGAGGGGACAUUUAGGCUUUGGUAUGUUUUGUUUGGCAUCUCCUUCAUCAUUUUGUGCCGAAGUGUUGUACUGGUGCCUGUGCACGAUGUAAUUUAGCUUUCUAGUGGAAAGGCUCGGUCAUGGAGAGGCUGGACAGAACAUUCACUCGUGCAUGGAACUAUUCAUACGAUUGCAAGAACCGUGCUUUGGACAAGGUUCCAGAAACCUAUGUAACUACACUUUCCGCUGUAUCGCACACCCCGUUGGCAUCCCGCGUCCGGCCCCCCACCUCAAACAAAUGAACAGCUCCUAGCCUUGCUUAAUAUCACAGCAGCUGCUUGUGCAAAAA